AUGGCAGACGAGCGCGUACCGAGCGACAUCGAGGCCCGCGCGGGCCUGACGGCGCCCCCGGAGACCCCAGUGACGGCCUCUGAAACGACGGCAGCGAGUGCGGCGAGCGUCGCGAGCGACAAGGAGAAACCCCUCGACGGCAAGGGCAAGAAGGAGAAGAAGAAGGAGCGCGGUCUGACGGCAGGCGAUUCUGAGCUCGAGGAACUGCCGAACAACAACCUGCUUCUGGUCGUGCCCUGCCUUGGACUGGUGCUCUUCCUGGCCGCGCUCGACCAGACCAUCAUCGCGACGGCUCUGCCCAUCAUCGCGUCCAAGUUCAACGCCACGCCCUCCGAGUACUCCUGGGUCAUCACCUCUUACCAGCUGGCAAUGACGCUCCUGACGCCCGUGAACGGGCGUGUGUCGGACAUUAUCGGGCGGAAACCUAUCCUCUACGCCGCGAUUGUCGUCUUCACCGUGUUCAGUGCGCUCUGCGGCGCGGCCAAGAGCAUGAAGUGGCUAAUCAUUGCGCGCGCGUUCCAAGGCUUGGGCGGCGGAAGCAUCAUCGGGAUGACGUCCAUUGUCAUUUCGGACAUUGUCCCCCUCGAGAAGCGUGGCAAGUACCAGGGUAUCAUGGGCGCGAGCUGGGGCGUGGCUGCCGUUGUUGGCCCGCUGCUCGGCGGCGCGCUGACGGACCGCGUCUCGUGGCGCUGGUGCUUCUACAUCAACCUGCCGACUUGCGGCGUCGCCUUCAUCCUGCUCGCGCUCACGCUCAAGCUCAACCCGACACGCAAGAUGACAUGGCCCAUGUUCAUGCGCACGUUCGACUUCCUCGGCAUGGCGCUCAUCAUGGCCGGCGGAGCGUGUCUCAUCGUCGGCUUCUCCUUUGCGGCCGACUAUGGCUUCGGCCGCCCCUCGGCCUAUGCGCUGAUUACCGUUGGCGGCGUGCUCUUCUUCGCCGGCAUCGCCAACUGCCUCUUCACGAAACGCAAUGCCGUCAUCCCCACGCGCGCGUUCAAGGUCCGCACGACGCUCUUCUUCAUGAUCGCGUCCACGCUCCAUGCCGCCGCGUUCAUUCCGACCAAUGUCGUGCUGCCUCAGUUCUUCCAGGGCGUGCAUGGCGCCGAUGCGCUGCAGAGCGGUAUCCAGCUGCUUCCCUAUGCCAUCUUCGUGUCUUGGUCGACGGUCGUCGCGGGUCAGAUCCAGAGUCGUCUGCGCAUUGUUAGGCCCGUGCCGUGGGUCGGAUACGCGAUCGGUAUCCUCGGAUACGGGCUCAUGGUCGCGUACUUUAACUACGACAUCCCGCUAUCAAGGCAGUACGGCCUGCUCAUCAUUCCUGCUGUCGGCGUCGGAUUGUCGCUCCAGUCUCCGCUUCUGAUCUUGCAGGCCGCGAUGCCGCUGAAGGACAUGGCGGCGGUGACGAGUGCGUGGGUGCUGACCCGAUCUUUGGGCGGCUCGAUUGGUAUCUCGCUCUACACCUCGGUCUUCAACGUCGUCCUGCGACACAAAUUUGGUGCCCUGGACCCGCCGUAUCCUCCCCCCAUCACUGCCGAGGGGUACCAGGCCAUGAACCAGCUACCCGACGGACAGGAGAAGACAGAUGUGCACCGCGCCUUUGCCGACUCGUUCAAGCCCGUCUGGAUCAUUGCGCUCGGUCUCCUCGCAGUGUGUCUCGUCAUCACGCUUCCGACGAAGAGCUAUUCGCUCGACCGUCCGCGCGGUGCGGCGGCCAAGGCCGAGGCGGGCGUUGCGGCGACUGGAGCCGAGGGUUCGCCAACCGAGGCCAUCGCCGAGGCGGACGGCAGCAUCCCGAUCGGAGAGAACGGGCAUGUCAAGGCGGUGAUUGACGAGAAUCUGCCCCAGGACAGCGAGUACGUCCUGAAGCGGGAGGAGGCGGCGGAGAGGGGCGAGCCCGAGCUGGGACAGUUUGACGAGAAGACUGCCCCGGUGGGGGUGUAUGAUGAGAAGAAGGUAUAG